UCGCAUAGUUUUCAAUGAAAGAUGAGAUGCAGUUAAUUGAUUUAUGAGCUCAAAUAUACUUCCAUACCACUAAAGCUACAAUCGUUAUGGUCUUUAGUUGUUCACUCACGUCUGUCAAUGUUUACAGGUGCAUAUUUUGCUAUGAAUUUUUUUUAUAAAGGUGAAGAUUAAUUAAAAAAGUUGAGAUACAACUAGUUCACGGUUCAGCAGGACUGAACCUGGGAAGAGACAAGCAACGCUUAAAAAACAAGGCAGGAGAAGCGGAAAAAAAAACCAGGAACAACAAUUGAGUAGAACAAAAAAAUGUUCCCAUGAAACGAGGAGGCUACUGUGACAUAUUCCCUUCGAGCCACUGAACACAUGUGUUCCUAUCAAUAUUUCCAUGAACCACAAUCCACUCAAUUAUAGCCUGAGUGAUGCAACGAGCGAUGAUGUUGCCAGGAGUGGAGGCUUCAUGAAAUAUGCAACGAUUGCGCUCAAGCCAAAUGUACUAGCACACAGCGUGAAGGCAGCAGAAGCGAAAUCAGCCUUCGAGGUCGUCAGGAAUAGUAGAAGGCCAUCUUCGAAUUGUCUCGAUAAUGCUUUGAGGAGCAUCAUGCAGCCUCUUGCAUCUUCGGCGGAUGAAGUUCCAAACAAGCUUCGCAUAAUGACAUCCGAGGAACAGAUUGUCAGCAGUCUCUUCAUUUUGAUAGCAGAGCUCACAACGACUUGCAAGUUCCCAUCCCUUUCUUUUUAAAUUAUCGACGGUUGGAACUUGGAACCCUGUUGUGAAAGAGGGUCCAGAUGAAGAAGCAAAUUUUUGGAGGGAUGAUGCUCUUCCAGAUAGCGCCACAGGGGAAUGCAGGAUCACCCGGAUGUGAUUCAUCAUUUAUACACCUAUAUAUAGUAGAGACAGAGAAAUGCGAAUUCGGUUUUAGAGUUCAAACGGGUCUGCAGGGACUACAUAAAUUAUUAGACACACUCAAAGAAUUAAGAUGGAGAAGCAAGUUUUCUUUUUCUCUCAAUGCACCAACUCUCAAUGAAAUGUUGAGUUUUAA